AUGGACAUCGCCAAGAAUGACACCAGCAAGAUCGAAGAUGCCGAGACGUUAUCAUCCACGGCAAAUCAGCCGCGCAUCCAGUUGCCACCCACGCUGCGCGAGUUAUCCGACGAGGAGCGCGAGAGAUUGAUGGUGCAAGUCAAGAGGAAAAUCGAUCUGAGGCUACUGCCGAUGAUGUUACUGAUGUACAUCAUGAACUACCUCGAUCGCAACAAUAUUGCGGCGGCCAAGAUUGCGGGAAUGAGCGAUGACCUGAACCUGAAGGGGAACCAGUAUCAGACCGCUUUGAGCAUCCUUUUCGUUGGAUACUUGCUGAUGCAGGUGCCCUCCAACUUGAUGCUCAACAAACUCGGCAAGCCUGCCUUGUACCUUCCAACAUGUAUGGUGUUUUGGGGCAUCAUCUCCACCUGCACAGGGGCUGUCCAGUCCUUCGGUGGACUGAUAGCUUGUCGUUUCGUUCUCGGCUUCGUCGAAGCGGCGUACUUUCCUGGCUGCCUCUAUUACCUUUCAGCAUGGUACACAAGGAAAGAGCUUGUCCUCAGGACUGCGAUCCUCUACUCAGGGUCUCUCCUCUCAGGAGCAUUUUCGGGGUUGAUUGCAGCUGGUAUUACAGACAACAUGGCUGGUGUGCGAGGUCUUGGUGCGUGGAGAUGGCUGUUCAUCAUUGAGGGCGCUAUCACGGUUUUCCUUGCGCUGAUAGCGUUUUUCAUCAUGCCCAACUUCCCACGCACAACGACCUGGCUUUCGGAACAAGAGAGGCAACUGGCGGUCUGGAGGCUCCAAGAAGACAUCGGCGAGGACGACUGGGUCAACGCCGAGGAGCAGACCUUCUUCCACGGCUUCAAGCUCGCCGCCAAGGACCCCAAAGCCUGGCUCCUCCUAGCGACCAUCUACGGCUUCACCUCCUCCGGCACCGUCACCACCCUAUUCCCCAGCGUCGUCGAGGGCCUCGGCUACGGCAAAGUAGCCACCCUCCUCCUCACCGUCCCACCAUACGUCAUCGGCGUCAUCGCCAUCCUCAUCAACGCGUGGCACGCGGACCGCACGCGCGAACGCUACCUGCACGUGGCGCUGCCGCCGCUGCUCGCCGUCGCGGCCUUCAUCAUCGCGGCCGCGACGGUGCAGUUCGGGCCGCGCUACUUCGCCAUGUGCCUCAUGAUCGGGGCCAACUACUCGGGCUACGUCGUCGCGCUCGCGUGGAUCUCGAACACGCUGCCGCGACCGCCCGCCAAGCGCGCCGCCGCCCUGGCCGGAAUCAACGCCCUGUCCAACGUGUGUCAGAUCUACUCGCCGUAUAUGUAUCAAGAUUCGUACGCUCCGCGUUACGUCGUGCCGAUGAUUGUCAACGCCAUCACGUCGCUGUGGGCUGCCUUCUUCGCGACUGUCCUGCGCAUCGUGCUCGUGCGGCUGAACAAGAAGAUCGAGGCCGGCAUCUCGCUUCUGGAGCAGGGAAGCGACGAGGAGCGGAGGCGGGCGAUCGAAGAGCAUGGGCUUCCUGGGGAGGCGGUCGACAAGGGUUUCAGGUUCUUGGUAUGA